UUGUUUCUAGUGUAACUAAACAACAGAUAGGAUUCUUCCUGGAAAAUGUUAUUUGAACACUGUUCUAGAAUUUCUGUUGUGUUGCAUGACAAAAGACAUUAAAUAUAUCAAAUUUCAUUUUAAUACUCUCCCUUCCUUUGUUAAUGUAGUACUGAAAUUUCCAUGUAUAAAUAUGCUUUGACAGUAUUGAAAUGUUAUCAAUUGCUUGAAAUUAUCACAGAAUUGUGAAAAAAUAAACAACACCAUGAAGAUGAUGUACUGCAUUCCUUUCCUGGCUCUCAUCUUGCUUGGAGAGCUGGUGAAGGGGUCAUGUGAUUUGAAAAUAGAGAAUUCCCUUCUAGGAGAUCUCAUUAGAACAGUGUUGAAACUCAAAGGUUCAGACAAUGGUUGUCUCUGCAUCAAUAAAAAGACAACUCCAGCCUUUUCAGCUAUUCUGACAAAGCCGCAAUCACUUGGAGUAAAAGAUACCAUUAAAUUUGACAAAGUUGUAACUAAUAUACAGAAAGGUUACAAUCCAAGUUCUGGUAUAUUCACUGCACCACUGGCUGGUGUUUAUCAAUUCUCUUCCACAGUAAUGACUUAUAGCGGGCAAAAACUUGUUGUCCACCUUUGGUACAAUAAUGUAAAGAUGUCAGGAGUGUGGCUUAAAGGGAGUGCUCAUGAAUCAGCAACAAUUAACAUGGUAUUACAAUUACAAGAGGGAGACCAAGUUACCAUAAAGUCACGUGAAAGUAACAAAGUUUAUAGUGAUAGUGAUAAUUUCACCUCUUUUUCAGGCUAUCUGAUUGCUCAAUAAAUACAUUAGUAAUUCA